AUGGACUCACUUUCACCUUUGUCCUCCUCCAAGGACAGACUGCCCUCUUUGUCAGAAACAGUCGGAAAGGCUGUACCCAAGAUAAUCAAAGAUGAUCAAUACUACUUCACCUUCGUCAUCUUCAAGGUUGAUGAUUGCUUGUUCCGUGUCCCAAAGCAUGAACUCGAAGACCAAUCACAUGUGUUUCGGGAUAUGUUCUCCAUGCCAUCAGCCAAGGACUCUGGAGAUGUAGAAGGCACAAGCGAUGAUAAUCCAAUUUGCUUGGAUAGUGUUAGCAGAGAGGAAUUCAAGCUUCUUCUUAGGAUGCUUUAUCCACUAAAAGCAAACGAUAUUUCGGUCACAUUGUCUGUGGAACAAUGCACUAUGCUACUCAAGAUAUCCCGUAUGUGGGAGUUUGAGCGUAUAAACGGUAUUGUCAAGACUCGGAUCCGGGAGGUUCUUUGGGACAAGAUCUCUGCCGUGGACAAAAUCAAACUCGCCCAUGAUUUUCAACUUGAAGAGUGGUACGAGGAUGCAUAUUAUGAGCUUGCUACCAGAAACGAGUCGCUAUCUGUUGAAGAAGCACAGCAGUUAGGCUUAGAAUUCUCAAUAGUGAUGGCACAGGCCCGUGAGAGGAUACGUACCUCAAGGCUUUCAGCAUCACAAGUCAUUCGAGGAGUCAUUGGCAAAUUAUUCUGUUUGCCCCACCAUUCCGAGCCUUACCUGGAGUAUGGUGAAGUAGAGAAAUCUUAUGAAUCUCCAUAA